AUGUUUAAACCAAAAAUGAUAGAAAAUGAAAAAGAAUUUUCAUGUUCUUAAGGUCAUAAGUUACCUGUCGUUACUAUUGCACUUGAUCCAGAUUUAUCAAUGAAUUAAAGACUCUUAUGUACAGAAUGUUUAGAGAAUACAGACUUAGAUGCUAAAGUAGUUGGAUUAAAGAAAAUUAUUUCACUAAUUGAAGAAGGAUAGAUAAAAAAGAUGGAAAAAGUAGAAUACUUAAUAACCAGCUAAAUAAAAUUAAUUGAAUAAUUACAUGAUCAAGUAGAUCAUAUGAAAUCACUUGUGAUCUAAUAAUUUGACUAAUCGAUUACAAUAUUGAAGGAAUGGAUUUAUAAUCUAUAGUAAAAAGGAUCAUAAUAACAUCUUUACAGAUUUUAAGAGGAAUUAUAAAUUAUGCUGUUAAAAUAAAAUAAAGCUGAUGAUAAAUUGUAAUAAAUAAUUCAUGAAAUUUAACAAAUAAAUCACUGUUGGACUUCCAAACUACAUCCUAAAUUAGAAUAAUUUAAUGCAUUUGAAGAAUAUACAAAAUGUUAAGAACUACUAUCAAAUUUGGAAUUAUCUUCUAAAAAAAUUACUCAAAGUUAAUAAUAGGAAUAAAAAAUAAAGGUUCUCAAUAAUAACUUAGUUAUGAUAAAUAAGUAAGAAUAUCAAAAAUAAGAAUAAGAGAUCAAAUUAAAACUAAUUGAUUAAUCUGUCAAAUAAGAGGAAUAAUGUAAUGUAAUAGUUUUUGAUUCUUCUGGGUCAAUUAUGGUAUCAACCAAGAAGUUUGAGAUUCAAGUAUGGAGUUUUCUAAAUGGAAUAAUCAAAUUAGUACAAACAUUGUAAGGACAUACUUCUUGGGUCUAAUGUUUAGUUUAUAGUAAAAAAUAGAAUUCGUUUAUUUCAUGUUCUUUUGACAAAACAAUAAGAUGCUGGCAAUAAUUGAACUAAAAUGAUUGGAUUAGUUUAUAACCUUAUUAAUAACAUACAUCUUUUGUUUUUUGCGUUCUAUUAAAUGAAAAUGAGGAUUUACUAUUUUCUGGAAGUGAUGACAAAUCAAUCAAAGUUUGGAAGGUUGACUUUAAUCAAAAUUAAUUGACAUUUCUAUAUUCAUUAGAUAAACAUAAUAAUUAGGUUACGUCAUUAAGUUUAAAUUAAUCAGAAGAUAAAUUAGUAUCAUGUGCAUAUAAUUAGAAUCAAAUUAUUAUUUGGGAAAGGAGACAAAAUAAUCAGUUUGAAUUCAAGUAUUUUGUUAAAUAAUCAAUUUAAGAAUUUGGACUUAAGGUUAAGUUUAUUAAAGAUAAUUAAUUUAUUUGGAUAACUGGUUGUAAAGAAAUAGAUAAACUUUAUGUGUUUGAAAUAGAAUAAGGAAUCUUUUAAGAAAAUAAGGACAAGACAAUUUAAUUAAUUGCAAAUAAUCAAGAUUUUGAUGAAUAUCGUUUUCCAAUUGUUUAUAAUAAAGAGAGGAAUUUGAUAUUAGUAAGGCAUAAGACAUAUAUUUAUAUCAUCAGAGAAAUUAAUGAUGCCAAGUACAAAAUUUAUCAUUAACUCAAUUGUGAAACAAUUUGUAUUUAAGGAACUAUCACAAAUAAUGGGUAAUAUUUGGUAUAUUGGGAUAAAAAAAAGUAAGAAAUUUCAACAUAUGAAUUAUUAAAUUAAUGA